CCACGGCCCGGUAAGGCAGGAGGUCCCCACAGGACAGGAGGAGGCAAGCGGCCCAGAAAUGUCUGCCUGUGAGCAACCACACAUCCAGGGAAGAGGUGGGGAGGCAGACUGAGGACAGAAGAGCGACGCUGCGCCCAGAGGGCUGGCCCCACGAGCUUGGGGCCAUGCCUGGGCCGACAUUUGUCCAGCCAGGGAGGGGGUGGUGUGAGGCCCCUCCCAGGGGAGCCAUGAGUUGAGCAGGACCCUGAGAGCAAGCACCCUUUCCUGCUCCCUGCGGGACGAUGCCUGCACUCGGCUCCCAGAGACGGCUGCUGGGUUCCCUUAACUGCACGCCCCCAGCCACCCUCCCCCUCACUCCGGCCCCCAACCGGACGGGGCCCCAGUGCCUGGAGGUGUCCAUCCCUGAUGGGCUCUUUCUCAGCCUGGGGCUGGUGAGUCUCGUGGAGAACGUGCUGGUAGUGGCUGCCAUCGCCAAGAACCGCAACCUGCACUCCCCCAUGUACUACUUAAUCUGCUGCUUGGCUGUGUCUGACCUGCUGGUGAGCGUCAGCAACGUGCUGGAGACGGCAGUCAUGCUGCUGCUGGAGGCCAGUGUCCUGGCCACCCAGGCGGCCGUGGUGCAGCAGCUGGACAAUGUCAUCGACGUGCUCAUCUGCAGCUCCAUUGUGUCCAGCCUCUGCUUCCUGGGUGCCAUUGCUGUGGACCGCUACAUCUCCAUCUUCUACGCCCUGCGGUACCACAGCGUUGUGACGCUGUCCCGAGCGUGGAGGAUCAUUGCGGCCAUCUGGGUGGCCAGCAUCCUCACCAGCCUGCUCUUCAUCACCUACUACAACCACAAGGUCGUACUGCUGUGCCUCGUUGGCUUCUUCGUAGCUAUGCUGGCCCUGAUGGCCAUCCUCUACGUCCACAUGCUGGCCCGGGCCUGCCAGCAUGCCCGGGGCAUCGCCCGGCUCCAGAAGAGGCAGCGCCCCAUUCAUCAGGGCUUUGGCCUCAAGGGCGCUGCCACCCUCACCAUCCUGCUGGGCGUCUUCUUCCUCUGCUGGGGCCCCUUCUUCUUGCACCUCUCGCUCAUCGUCCUCUGCCCCCAGCACCCCACCUGUGGCUGCAUCUUCAAGAACUUCAACCUCUUCCUGGCCCUCAUCAUUUGCAAUGCCAUUGUGGACCCCCUCAUCUAUGCCUUCCGCAGCCAGGAGCUCCGGAAGACACUCCAAGAGGUGCUGCAGUGCUCCUGGGUGGCCCGGAGGCUGGGGUCUGCUCUUAAGUUCCGUCCUGCUGGGAGAAGGGUCAGUGCCCUGCCAGCCCUGGGAGACGGAGCAUAUGCCCUACUCUCUUGCUGGGACAGGCUUAUGGACGAAAAGCCAGGGUACCAGCCAGCCCUGCAGCCCCCUGGCCAGUCCCCUACCCUGGCAGCGCCACCUGACUAUUGGCCUCGGGGCUGGGAGCUGGUUCCCGGCAGGGCCAGCCUUUGCUGGAAGAUGGACGAUGAAAGGAGGGGUGCUGGGAGGCGUCCCUUCUGGCCUUCCGAUGUGGGAACAUGGGGUUGGUCCCUAAUCAGGUGUGCACAAGAAAGACCCUCCUUGCUGCGCCGAGGGGUGAGGCUCCCGCUGGGGAGGGGAGCAGACGGCAGUCGGGGCGGGGGCCAAGGGCCAAGGGGGGCUUCUAUUGUCCUCCCUGGAGCUCACCAGCCCCGCCUUCCGGAUGCGCGGAGCCCGGAGACCCGGUGGCGGAGGGAGGCGGCGCCGCCGCAGCGCGCGGUCGAGCGGGGAUGCGCGGCGCGGAUGCUUGCUGCAGCCGGUGCCGCAGUGUUCGGCGGCGCCCCGGGAUUGGCCGCGCGCGAUGACGCCGUGCCGGGCGAGACGGGCGGGGCCCCGCCUAUAAGAGCGGGCGGCGGGGGCGGCAGAGCCUCCGCAGCCAGCUGCAGCCGGUCCGCUCGCGUCUCGCAGCCGCCCGCCAUAGCACCGAGCAUGAGGGAGAUCGUGCACAUCCAGGCCGGCCAGUGCGGCAACCAGAUCGGGGCCAAGUUCUGGGAGGUCAUCAGCGAUGAACACGGGAUAGACCCCAGUGGCAAUUAUGUGGGCGACUCGGACCUGCAGCUGGAGCGCAUCAGUGUCUACUACAACGAGGCUUCUUCACACAAAUAUGUGCCUCGGGCCAUCCUGGUGGACCUCGAGCCUGGAACCAUGGACAGCGUCCGGUCUGGGGCCUUUGGGCACCUCUUCAGGCCUGACAACUUCAUCUUUGGUCAGAGUGGGGCUGGUAACAACUGGGCCAAGGGCCAUUACACAGAGGGCGCCGAGCUGGUGGACUCGGUCUUGGAUGUGGUGCGGAAGGAGUGCGAAAACUGCGACUGCCUGCAGGGCUUCCAGCUGACCCACUCCCUGGGUGGCGGCACAGGCUCAGGUAUGGGCACACUGCUCAUCAGCAAGGUCCGCGAGGAGUACCCCGACCGCAUCAUGAACACCUUCAGCGUUGUGCCCUCGCCCAAGGUGUCAGACACGGUAGUGGAGCCCUACAACGCCACGCUGUCCAUCCACCAGCUGGUGGAGAACACGGACGAGACCUACUGCAUCGACAACGAGGCGCUGUAUGACAUCUGCUUCCGCACCCUCAAGCUGGCCACGCCCACCUACGGGGACCUCAACCACCUGGUGUCGGCCACCAUGAGCGGGGUCACCACCUCCCUGCGCUUCCCGGGCCAGCUCAAUGCCGAUCUGCGCAAGCUGGCUGUGAACAUGGUUCCCUUCCCGCGCCUGCACUUCUUCAUGCCCGGCUUUGCCCCCCUCACUGCCCGCGGCAGCCAGCAGUACCGGGCGCUGACCGUCCCCGAGCUCACCCAGCAGAUGUUCGAUGCCAAGAACAUGAUGGCAGCCUGUGACCCGCGCCACGGCCGCUACCUGACCGUGGCCACCGUCUUCCGAGGCCGCAUGUCCAUGAAGGAGGUGGACGAGCAGAUGCUGGCCAUCCAGAGCAAGAACAGCAGCUACUUCGUGGAGUGGAUCCCCAACAACGUGAAGGUGGCUGUGUGUGACAUCCCACCCCGUGGGCUGAAGAUGUCCUCCACCUUCAUUGGCAACAGCACGGCCAUCCAGGAGCUGUUCAAGCGCAUCUCGGAGCAGUUCACGGCCAUGUUCCGGCGCAAGGCCUUCCUGCACUGGUACACGGGCGAGGGCAUGGACGAGAUGGAGUUCACCGAGGCCGAGAGCAACAUGAACGACCUGGUGUCCGAGUACCAGCAGUACCAGGACGCCACGGCCGAGGAGGAGGGCGAGAUGUACGAAGACGAUGAGGAGGAAUCCGAGGCCCAGGGCCCCAAGUGAAGCAGCUGAAGGGGUGGGACGCGGCUGCGGCCAGGACCAAGUGGUCUGUCCCCCGAGCCAUGUAGCCACUGACACACCCCCAAUCUUACCCCCACAAGGUUCAGUCAUGUCACCCUGGGGCUCCCGAGUGUUUUUCCUCCAGUAUUUACAGCAUCCCUGCCCUGCGUGAGUUCUCUCAGCUAUCUUCGGCCUUAGGUCAAAUCCGUUUCCUGUCUCUGCUUUAUUGUUAGCUCCAGGCCUGAUGUUUCAUGUUUUUUCUUUUUUUUUUUUUUUACUGGUUUCUGUUUAUAUUUGGGGGGGAUAUUUAAUAAAUUUAUUGCUGUCAGAUA